CAGUCUCUUGCGUUACCGACAAUCUACCUUUCUGAUCAUCUCCCUUGCCCAACAGAAAUACGAAUACGCUUAUUAUCUCAAUCCUCCUCCCACACUCACAACUUUCCCCGUGUGCGCUCCGCUGUGACCAGUGCCUUCCACAAUUUGACGAUUCUCCCGAGACACGGGAACCCCGCACUUACGUUACCUUACUGUUAAUACUGUUGGUGUUGUUACUUUCCUCGAACGCCGUUCGUCCCUACCUACCGCAUGGAUCCUUCGCAGUACCACCAUUUCUCCGCGCAGCAAUUGCAAGGAUUGACGGGAGGAGACUCCUCCAGUAGAGCUCCGCAAGACGCCCACGGCGGUGGGAGUCACGGAAACAACGGUGGUAACCAAGAAACGCACAUCAACAAUCAAGAGAACGCGCAGCAGCUCUCGGCGAGCCUCUUUCAACAAAUGCAAAGCAUCCAACAACAACAGCAGCAACAACAACAAUCUGCGCAUACGCAGGGAACUGCGCAAGGUGGUAGCAUCAACAAUAGCGGAGUGCCAUUACUGGUGGGAGCAACGCCCUUGCAACAGCAACUUUCGGCUCUGCAGAGUCUGACUGCACAUCCGGGAUUCGCCGCCUUUCAAAAUCAGCAACAGCAAACCCAGCCUCCUCCCCAACAACCAACGUCGCAGCUGCAGAUUCCCCAAGGACUUCUCAAUAUUCCUGGUCUUACUGCCGAACAAGCAGCCUUGUUCUUUCAACAAGCCCAACAACAACAGCAGCAGCAGCAAGCCCAACAACAACAAAUGCAACAGCCGAAUCAGCAAGCGCAACAGCUUCAACAGCAAAUGCAGCAACAUUUACAGCAGCAAGCCCAGCAGCAGCAGAACCAAACUGUACAGCAACAGUACCAGCAAUUUCAACAACCACAACAACAACAAUUCCAGCAGCAACAGCCACAAGGUCUCAUGAAUGCCAAUGCUCUUGGUAUUAGCCUCCAGCAGCAGAUCCAACAGUUGCAGCUGGCUCAACAGCUCAUGGCGGCUGGUUUACCCGCCAAUUUGUCCUUGAUGGGCGCCGGGGCGGCUCCUGGAAACGUCAAUCUGGCGAGCUUUAUGAGUGGACAAACACAGCAGCCAGCCGUGACACAGCCAAAUUCACAGUUGGCCGCUUUUCAAAAUAAUCAGUUGCUAAUGGCGCAGCAGAAUCUGGGAAAGCAAACAACACCGUCCACUGGAGCCUUUGGUGGUUUUUUGCCGGAAGAGUCGCAAAAACCGAGCGAUUCGGCCGGAAGCGCGCCGACAGCUACAGAAGAGUGGGCGGAACCGUUCGCGGGCAAGGGAAAGAAAGAGCCACCGUUUCCACUCAAGUUGCACCAGAUUUUAGGCAAUCCGGAAUUUGCCGAGUGCAUUUGCUGGAAUCCGCACGGGCGUUCCUGGAGGAUCUUGAAGCCACCCGUGUUUGAACAGCUCGUCAUUCCACUCUACUUCCGCCACGCUAAAUACGCCUCUUUCAUGCGUCAAGUCAAUGGCUGGGGUUUCAAACGAAUUGUUUCGGGUAACGAUCACAAUUCAUACUUCCACGAACUCUUCGUGCGCGAGUAUCCCCAACUGUGCAUCAAAAUGAAGCGCAUCAAAAAGGGCGAGGGUGAGAGGAAGAGAAAGUCGGAUGAUGGUAGUGACGAUAGCGAUGGCGGCAAUAUUGAAGGCGAGAAUUCGGCAGCGAAUGAGGCUGGCGAUCAAGGCAGCAACGAGGGAAGUGACGAUAACAAAGGACAAUCACAGAAUGAUUCCUUGAGCAAUCUUCACCAUCAAUACAAUCUUCCUUCACAAGAUGAUCAGAAUGCCUUGGCGGGUAUUUUGAACCAGGGACAGUUUAAUCUUGGACAAUUGAACGGCGGAGGAAGACUUUCGAAUAUGAUGGGAAGCUCUGCUUCUCCCAACCCCGCGACUCCUGCAUCCAGCGCCCCUGUAUCUUUGCCGAGCGGUCUUGCAGGUUUGCAAGGCGUUGACAGCGCCACCCUCAUGAAGUUGCAGGAAGCUUUGUCGGCGGCCGGUGGGGGCAAUGCUAUGCAGUCAUUACUGCAGCAGCAAGCUCCCGCUGCGCCUUCCGCUCCACAACAAUUGCAGCAAACGCCGCAGCUCGGCAAUUUUGCCUUCCUUAGCUCGCAGAUUGGCGGUCCUAACGCAGCACUGCUGGCGGCGCAACUCCAGGCAGCAACCCAAGGGCCAAGCGGAGGCAACGGUGGAGAAGAGCGUGAUACAGACAAGGAAAGCGAAGCAGUCUGAAUGGAUUUCGGAUGAUACGUAAUCAGUGAAGUAUUGUUUA